AUGCACAUUACAAAACAAAUCGAAACAAUCUUAAUCUUCUUGAUAAUAAAAUGUUACUCCACGAGAUUAAACCAAAACGUAAAAUCAAAACGAAUCAUCGAUGGCAGAUUAUCACCUCCAGGUCUACACACGUUCGUGGCGAGCAUCUCCGUGCAUGAGUAUCAUCGAUGUGGAGGAACGAUCGUUUCAAAAUCGUACAUUUUAACGGCCGCUCAUUGUUGUUACGAUAAAGAUGAAAAUGUCCUGAAAGAAUCGAAAAUUACGGUGUCGUUGGGAAGCGUUUAUUGGGAAGAAGGUAAAAUUAGAAACGUUACGAAAAUUAUAAUUCAUCCGUUGUUUGAUCGAAAACUUAAAAAGAACGAUAUUUCCUUGUUAAGGAUCGAUAAAAUUCGGUUAAAAAAAAAAGAAAUCUCAACGAUUAAACUUUACCCAUCAAGAAUUGACCGUAACAUAGACGAAGAAAAUUUGUUAAAAGCUACAGUCAUUGGAUGGGGACUUUUUAAUGAUGGAUCAUCUUUAGGUGAUACUCCAUCCAAUCGAUUGCGUUAUGUUGAUGUAUAUAUUGUGCCUGAAUAUUAUUGUAAGAUGAUUUAUUACAAAUUUCAUAACACAAAUCUUUGCGUGAGUAGUGAGGAUAUGAGAGGUUCUUGUAGUGGUGAUUCAGGUGGACCACUCGUUAUUAAACGUAGAAAUAAAUUUUAUCAGAUCGGAUUGGUUUCUUAUGGUGGUGAUUGCAAUAAUACCCAACCGGAAGUGUAUACGAAACUUUUUGAUUAUAUUGAUUGGAUUAAAGAUAUUAUUUCAAUAAAAAGUUAA